CCUGACGUCAUUGGUCAGCUGACCGUUUUGUUUUUGCUGGUUAAGGUGGAACUCCAGACAGUAGCAACAAGAAAGAAAAAGAGAUCCGCAGUGAUAAUUCUGUUCGUAAGUCAGCUUUUAAAAACGUGAUUAUAAUAUCGUAUUUUAUUUUAAUUUGACCGCUGCUUUGGCCUUAAAUAUCUGUUUUCACCUCAACCGAAAAAUAUGCCUUCAGAAAAGACCUUCAAACAAAGAAGGACAUUUGAACAAAGAGUGGAAGAUGUAAGACUGAUUCGAGAGCAACACCCGACGAAAAUCCCAGUGAUCAUUGAGAGGUACAAGGGGGAGAAGCAGCUGCCCAUCCUGGAUAAAACUAAGUUCCUGGUUCCUGACCAUGUGAACAUGAGUGAGCUGAUCAAGAUUAUCAGGAGACGCCUGCAGCUUAACUCCAACCAGGCUUUCUUCCUCCUGGUGAAUGGGCACAGUAUGGUGAGCGUCUCCACACCAAUCUCCGAGGUGUACGAGCGCGAGAAGGAUGAAGACGGCUUUCUCUACAUGGUCUAUGCAUCCCAAGAAACCUUUGGAGUUCAAUCCAGCUUGUAAAUCCCAUUCAUGUUCUUGUGUCCUAAAUAGAAACCCUCCCCUCCCCACUCCAAAAUACAAAACAAGAAAUGGAUGUCAUUAAGCAACAGCUUGGAAAGAUAUCAGACCUAUUGAAGGGGGCACUUGACUACCAGGGUUUAAGUAACAGAUCAGUAACAUUUUACUGUAAUCCCUGCAAAAUUACAAAUCAAGCUUGGUUUCAUGGAAAAGAAACACAAAGCAGAUCACAGCACCAUUUAAAACCGUGGUGGCCCUUUCUUUCCUCUCCCUACCCUCCAUCAACUCUGUCCCACCCCUAAAACCAUAUAAGGCUAGUUCUCCUGAUCAGGAAGUACUGUGCUUUGUUUUUCUUUCCAGGGGUUGGAAUUUUGCUUCUUAAACUAUUUUAACUGCCUUGCUGUAGACUUCAAAGCUCUUCAGGGCAAAAAGCAUAAUCCAGUUUUCCAAAUCUUUCUGCAUAGAUAAAUGAUAUGGAAUUGCUCAAUUUGUAACUGGGUUUAGUUGCUUUUGUAUACCAAAUACAGUUUAAUUGUAGUUUAGAAACAUCACUGUGCAAAGAACAAAUAUGAAGAUGAUUCUGUCGACUGCGUGCUUAAUGCAAUCUAUAAUGUAUUAAGGUACAUGGAUUCUCUUCGUGGCCCUGGCAAUAUUUGGGUUAAGUACAAUCCGUACCAGGUUUUUUUUGCCCAUGCCAAUAUUAAUUGCCCAUGUUUUUUUGUCUGUAAUAUUUUAAUGGAUACCUUUUUUGUUUGUAGUUUUUAUUAUUACAUUGUAUUGCAUCUUUUCCUUUUAGUCAAUCUGUUUUUAAGAUUCCAAAAUCAACGGAUGUGAAUUAGCUGCCUUUACUCUGUUAAUCAUUUUCUGGAAAACAAAUCACUGUUGAGUAGUAAAGCAAAUUGAAUAAUACAAUUAUGGUGUCACAUGUUGUGUGUGUUUUUUUUAAAAAUAUAACUUCCAUGUCUGAUGUUAAAUAUCAAUCCUUUUUAAUGCAUUGAAUUAUGUUUCCAAAAGCCCACCAUGCAUCAUCCAUGGUAUUUGCUCUUCAUGUGCAUCAGUAUUUACUCUCCUGUUAUGUUAAAUUAAAAGCAAUAUACAAAUGGGUUUGUUUUAAGAGUAAAAAUUGUUAAUACCAAUAUUUUUAAAAUCUUUCUUUUUAUUUGCAUGUAUCUUGUUAACAUUGCCUCAAUUUUUUGUUUAGUUUGUUGAAAAUGUUAAUAGUUUUUCUUCCUGUACAUUUAUUAGCUAUGUUAUGAGUUGUUGCGAUUUGCAUAUUUUGUACAUUUGGGGGAAAAAAAAAAAAAGAAAGGAGUUUGAUUGUAUUUGGUUGGAUUUUUCUGUAUGAGAAGUUAUCAAAUGUUUUCUGAAGCCGAGACGGACGACCGUUCUUGUAAAAGUUAAUAAACACUGUGUGAUCUUGACGACAUUGGAGAUUUGUGUCUGUAAAGAAAUAUUCCACUGUAUAAAACAUUGCAUCCCAAAUUAAAUUAUUACUGUACUGA